AACAUUUCUCCUUCCCAAUUUUCAGUUCCAUCUCUCUCUCUCCCCCUCUCCUCUAUCCCCAUUUCAAAUUUUCGAUCUCUCUCUUUCUUUCUUCCCCAAGACAUGGACAACCUUCGAACCUAUAGAGACGAAGACGACGAUGAAGACGAACAAUCGAAACCCACAACCGCCGCCGCCGCAAUCCCAACUGCCGAGCCCAUCGAACCACCCGAACCCACCACCGACGACCCCGACACCGACACCCUAAACCCACCUUCCAACGACCCGCAAAACGGCAGUAAAACCGAAACCGAAGCCUCCGAAUCUCUCUCCGAGUCCGUGAAAUCCCAAGAAAUCGAAAUCGACAUCGACAUCGACAUCGACAACGACGACGACGACCCGCCUCCCAAGAAGCAAAAGCAGCUCUCUUCCCUCACCACCGAGCCCUUUCCCGACCAAGAUCAAACCCCACUGCCCCUGCCCAUCUCCAACGGAAUCGCUGUCGCCGCCGCCCCAACCGCCGCCAAUUCGAAGAAAUCGAAGAAGAAGAACAACAAUGUGUGGGUCACUAAGUCGACCCGCAAGGGGAAAAAGAAGAGCAAGGCCAAUAACAACAACCACAAUGCCCCCGCGGACGACACCGUGUUGAUCACUCCAGUCACGCGGUUCCCGGACAAAACUGACGACACUCCGGACAUGACAAUCUGCCUCUCCAAGGUGUACAAGGCCGAGAAAGUGGAGGUGAGUGAGGACCGAAUGAGUGCCGGUAGCACAAAAGGGUACAGAAUGGUUAGGGCCACCAGGGGAGUGGCUGAGGGGGCUUGGUAUUUUGAAAUAAAGGUGGUGAACUUGGGAGAGAGUGGUCACACAAGGCUUGGCUGGUCCACUGAGAAAGGGGACUUGCAGGCACCCGUCGGUUAUGAUGCGAAUAGUUUUGGGUAUAGGGACAUUGAUGGGAGUAAGGUGCAUAAGGCUUUGAGGGAGAAGUAUGGGGAGGAAGGGUACAAGGAAGGUGAUGUUAUUGGGUUUUAUAUAAAUUUGCCUGAUGGGGGCUCGUAUGCCCCAAAGCCGCCCCAUUUGGUUUGGUACAAGGGUCAGCGGUAUGCUUGUGCCCCUGACGUGAAGGAGGAUCCUCCGAAAGUAGUGCCUGGAAGUGAGAUAUCAUUUUUCAAAAAUGGGUUAUGUCAAGGAGUUGCUUUUAAGGAUCUAUAUGGUGGACGUUACUAUCCUACUGCUUCAAUGUACACUCUUCCACAUCAACCAAAUUGUGUUGUCAAGUUCAACUUCGGCCCUGAUUUUGAAUUCUUUCCAGAAGACUUCAAUGGACGUCUAGUGCCCCGGCCCAUGUUUGAAGUUCCGUAUCAUGGGUUUGAAAACCGAGUUGAAAAUGGAGUUUCUGAUGAGAAGAAACAAUAACCAGAAACCAGCACAAUUCAACCAUAUUUCUGUUUCUGGAGUUUCCAAUAGCCAAAAUGAGAGAAUGGAAAACCUUCAUGGAUUUAGGAGAAGCAUAUGAGUUUAACUUUCCUUUGUAAUUUUAGUUGCUGCUAAAAGUACAUCUUUAAACUGAACUGAUUAUCAUUGUAUUCUUGACCUUUGUCUGACAAGUUCUAAUGGAAAACAUAAUGAUAUUGCAUAGCAAGACAAUGUCCCGAUUGUUCUGUUUGAUAAAUAUCUCUGUUCUUCGUGCUUGUGCAUUUGCAUCAUGUAAGUCCAUUGUAAUUACUGUUAUGAUCUUUCAGAUUCUAGAUCCUUAUGCAUUGGUUUAAUAUAUAUAUAUUCUUUUCGGAUUCUUACAGGCUCAAACGUAGCUGUUUCAGUAAUUAUACCUUGUCUAUGGUUUUAUUUAUUCGUUUGGUCUAUCUUUAGAAAGCUUGAUCUCUGACUCCUGCUUCGGUUCUGAAAUUGGUAACUGGUUAGUGCUAGUCAUUGAUCUUUUUGGUUGCUAUGAGAUGGAAUAUUUAUCAUGCUCUUAUUGUGUUAUCUUUUUGCAAUUUUAGAUCUAAUUGGAUAUUUCCUUUCGUGACAGGAGGUUCGUUCGUUGAGCACUGAGCACUUACUUCAACUGUAUUGCUGAGCGCUUACUUCAACUGUAUUGCAGAGGCAAGUAAAAUGAUGGAUUACAUUCUUUGUUAUACCUCCGUUUGGUCGUAUCUCUUUUAGAUUGAAGAGCUGUCGAGUUUGGUUUCAUUUUUGGGAACUAUCGAUGGACUCUAAGCAGUUUCUCCUGAGCAAUCAUAGUCAAGUGUCAUGUUGGAGAAACAAAUUUCUGGUAACCUCGCUCCAAAACCCAUCGUUGGUGUAGUUCUAUGAUUGUUUUUAAACUCUGAAUGUCGAGGAAACUGCACAUUUUGCUACAGAACAGGGGGAUGCUUGUUUGUGGAGGGUAUUCUGGUUUGAGAUAUGCAACAUUAGUGGCUAGGUUUUCUUCCGUCAUAUUGACCUUGCUUAAGCUACUCCCGGGGCACAUGAUCAGAUUGACGGAUUCACGCUAUCUUUCUCUCAAUCUAAGAUUUGGUUGAAGGUCCUUUUUAACAACGGUUUAUGAGAAGCACAUCCUAAGUUUUGCGAUAGGCGACCCAAGGCUAGUCGUGAAGUAUUUACCCCAUGUUGAUAUAGGCUGUUAGAGCAGAUGCAAUGGAUGCUUCACUUACAACCGCAUGGGAAAAAAACCCAAAGCAACCGAAUCUUGGUGCGGAGUCUGAUCGUGGUGGCAUGAUGGUGGCUAAAGAUCGGGGUGGCAAUGGUUUGAAUGGUGGUCACGGUGAAGGUGGAGACGAUGGAGAUAUGAGAGGGUGGAGACGAUGGAGAUAUGAGAAGGUGGAAACGAUAGAGAUAUGAGAAUGCCAUGGUUAUGGUUUCAAUGGUGGCUGAUAUCACAAAGAUCAAGAUCUGAUAUGAAUGCCGCUGCGUUUUGGGGUUCUCCUCUGUCAUCGUCUUCGUGUUCACUAUCGUAGUCUUCAGCAGAAUCAACGAUAUUCAACUGUCAUUGUUAAAUGGCAUCGACAUUUGGUAGAUAUUGUUGAUAUGAUAUCAAUGUUUUGUUGAUAUUGUUGAUAUGGUUCACAUUGAUAUUUGGUUAUUAUAUCGUCGUUCACUUCAUUCGUAUGUUAGAGUGCCUAGAACCCCCACAAAUUACCUCCUGCAUUAUAUAAGCUCCCUCUUUUCCUUUUAAAAGGCAAAGUUCAAAUUGCCACUUAGUACUACGGUUUAGUAGUAUUAUUCUUUA